GGUCAGAGGUUACCGGUAUUUGCAGACACGUCGGAUCGGAUCGAUGCCGCCUCUAAGUGUCCGGGAUGUGGCGAGUCUCCUUCUGAUUCCGCUACUUUUCUACUUAUUUCUCUGGUUCUGGUUGGACACCGACCCGGACCUGCAGCCUGGGCUCUUCGACUUCGAAGACGAUGAAGCUUUGGAUCGGGAAAACCAGAGAAAUGCCAAAGAGCCCUACCCGGAUGUUGUGGAGGCCGAGGUGGAGUUGGGGAUGGACUUGCCCGGAGACAGGGGUCUGUGCCCGCCGGAAAGUUUUAAACUUGCCACGAUGGAAACCUGCACGUCAUGGCUUGGUUGUAAAGAGAUUGCUGACGAGGUGACCGUUCAGCACAUGCUCGGACAGGGCGCUGUGAAGCAGGUUUACAAAGCUACCUGGAGAGGCCACACCGUGGUGUAUAGUAACCUGACUGAGAAGGCUUUCCAGCAGGACUUCCUACAUGGUGUAGAGAUGCUGAGGAACAUGCAACACACUUCACAUGUCGUGCAACUGGUGGGAUCAUGCCACACAACUCUCCUCACAGAGUAUUACAGGCUUGGAUCUGCAGAAAACAUUGAGACCGUCUUAGACAGUGAGGAGUUCAGCAAGUUAAACAAUGUCUGGACAAGAUUUAACGUGGCUCUGAGCUACCUGGAAGCAAUACAUUUCCUACACAAUAGUCCAAUUGGCACAAGGGUCAUGUGUGACUCAAACGACCUCUUCAAGACCCUGUCCCAGUUUCUUAUCACAGAGGAUCUUAAACUUGUCUUGAAUGAUUUGGACGCGUUACCAGAAGUAAAUCCAGAAGCACAGCUUUUUGUUAAGUGUGGAAGACAAGAAAUUGUGUCUGAUUUUGUUGCACCUGAACAGCUUUGGCCCUUCGAAAGUGAGCCAUUUGAGGACUCGAGAAUGCCUUCAUAUGAUGAAAAAACUGACAUUUGGAAAAUUCCGGCUGUUGUUGACUACUUACUGGGAAAUGUAGACGGAAGUGAUGUUGUCAGAUUACACUUGUUCAAAGUGCAUCAACAGUGUCACAACAAGAACCCCACGCAACGACCAAGUGCCAAGGUAUUAUUAAAGGAGUACAAGAGGGUUAGGAAUACACUUUUUCCCAAAUAUAUAGCAUAAAGUCCUGAAUGUACUAAAAACUUGUUAGCGUGCAAUUUAGUUUUCAGUUUUCAUGUGUACACAUAAAAUGGCGUACUAUGUUAUUUAUGACAACAUUAUGAUGUCGAUGUUAAAAAAAAACAUUUCCAAAUGUAUUUAGCUCUGUAGAUGCAAUGCAAUAUUGGCCAUUUAAGUUUUAAAACUACCAGCUAUAUCAGUAUAUGAUCAUAAGAUGAAUGGACAUUCCAGCCACUAAACAUCUGCUAAAUGUAAUAAUGUAAAGAAGAAAGAUAAGCAUGGACACUCCAUACUGGACAUCUACUGUUAGAUUUAUUUUGGAGUACAUGUAGAUGAUAUUUUGUGUAAAGCUUCAGUAGACAAAAAUACAAGUUUCUACAGACACUACUACAAUGCAAGCAGCUUCAUCCCCAUAUUUUCCAUCACCCUGUGUAGCAUUCAUCCAUACCAUUUGAGCAUGGCUUUGCACUGUAUUCAAUAUUUUAUAUCCUUUUAUAUUCCUUUCAUCCU